AUGAUGCUGUUGUUUAAGAGUAAUUCCUUAAUGGGAAUUGGAUUGAUGAAGAGAGCUUCAACUAUAUGUGCCGGGAAUGGUUUGAUGACUGGUUGGAAAGAUGUCUCCUCGAAACGUUUUACUCACGAGUAUGCUCCAAGGUAUAAGGAUCAGAAAAAAAACAAAAAGGGACGUGUUCCUGUUCGUUUCGGUGGUUCUACAAAAGGUUCGAGACUACAGUUUGGUACCUAUGGUAUGAGAUUGAAGACUGAGGGUGUUAGAUUGACUGCCCAACAACUGAAAGAGGCAGAUAAUGCCAUCAUGAGAUAUGUGAGACCUUUGGAUAAUGGUCAAUUGUGGAGAAGACUGACAACGAAUAUUGCUGUUUGUAUAAAGGGUAAUGAGACGAGAAUGGGUAAAGGUAAAGGUGCAUUUGACCAUUGGAUGGUACGUGUGCCAACUGGUAAGAUAAUUUUUGAAAUGGCAGGUGAUAACCUUCAUGAAAAAGUUGCUAGAGAAGCAUUCAGGAAAGCAGGCGAUAAAUUGCCAGGUGUUUAUGAAUUUGUCACAAAAGAAUCAAAGAUUAGAGUAAGUAUGCAUAGUUUAAAAUCUAGAGAAGAAAUUGAAGAGAAAGAAAAAUCAAUAAAUUAUUUCAAAGAAUUGGAGAGAAAGCCUACUAAGAAAUAUUUGAAUGUUUUAAAAUCAAAAGAGCCACAAUAUAGACUCUACAGAGGUUAUUAG